UGAAGGCGGGGCGCCAGGCCAGCUGGGUGGAGUCACUAUGAAUAAUGUCUUAUAAGGAAACGAUACAAAACGACACACUGCUCAAACUCCACACAGACUAACAGGAUCUUAACAUUGACGGACAGGAUAGCAGUCGAUCGGAUAUCGAACUCUGUUCCUCUUGGUGAUCAGGCAAAAGACGCAGCAAUGGAGGUGAUAAUUAAGUCAAGUGGAGCCAACCUGAAGGUGGAUUUAAAAACAACAAGAAAGCUCCUCAAACCGCAGGUGGAGAAGCGUCGGAGGGAGAGAAUGAACCGCAGUCUGGAGAGCCUGAGAGCGCUGCUGCUGCAGGGGUCCCAGCACCAGGCGCUGGCGAGUCGCAGAGUGGAGAAAGCAGAGGUGCUAGAGCACACGGUGCUCUUCCUGCAGAGCGCUGCCCACAGAGGGGCAGCUGAAGGCAGCCAGCAGCAGGACUUCCAGGACGGGUUCUCCACCUGCCUGCAGCGAGCAACGCGCUUCCUGCGGGACAGCAGGGCGGGGCGGCGGAGGGAGGGGGCGCUGAGCGUCACCCUGUCCCGUCACCUGACGCACCUCGGCCCGCUCCCCAGAGCUCCCAUCAGCCCCCACUCUGCCCACACGCAGCCCAAGGGGCAGAGCGCCCAGCUGGGGGGGAAGAACUGGCACUGCAGCCAGCAGCAUGGAGCCGCCCUUAGGAACAGCCCCUCCCACCAGCUCAGAGCGGCCCUGGCACACAGACACCCCAACCUGCCCCAGCCCCCCCACAGAGAGGCUCUGUCACCCCCCACAAACAGCCAGUCACUAUGGAGACCCUGGUCCUAAAACCAGCCUCAAGAUAGACACUGCCUUCCGAUUGGACACUGGAGCAAGGACACUGUCAUUCAUAAGUUCUACUGUAUAUAGACAUCUAAUGCCCAGUUAUAGCUCUUAUUGCCAUGCAGACCCUGGUCUAUACAUGGUGCUGUGUUGAAGUUGAAGAUUUUUUAAAUGAUUUAUGUCAGUAACUACAUGUAAAUAUUUCAAAAAGAAAAUAUUUUUUUAACAGAAAUACAUUUUAAGAGGUUUUAAGCUGUAAUUCUUCUAAUAUAUUUUGUACAUAUAAAAUAAUAUUCUUAAAAUAUUCUGCAUUUGUCCUACUCAUGUGUAUUUUUUUGUUUUGUGUCUCAUCUUGCAUUUGUAUUUAUAUGUAUGCAAAACAAAGAAAAAUCUUUCAAGUACUUUUGUCCUUUGUUUUGGCGCACUUCACAAGC